AUUUCUAAUUACUCGUUUGUCGUUUUGCUUGAACAUAUUUUCUUUUAACAGUUUCCAAAGACAGACGACUCUGUAUCCAAAAUACGGAAAAAAAAAUAAAAAAAAAAAACAAAAAGCAAAGGGAGAAGAAAGACGAUUUCUGGAAAAAAAAAGGACGAAGAAGCUAUGGCGGACCAACUCACAGACGAGCAGAUCUCCGAAUUUAAGGAAGCCUUUAGCCUCUUCGACAAGGAUGGCGAUGGUUGCAUCACUACCAAAGAGCUGGGAACAGUUAUGCGUUCACUAGGGCAGAACCCAACAGAGGCCGAGCUCCAAGACAUGAUCAACGAGGUUGAUGCAGAUGGAAACGGAACCAUCGACUUUCCCGAGUUCCUUAACCUGAUGGCUAAGAAGAUGAAAGACACUGACUCAGAGGAAGAGCUAAAAGAAGCUUUCAGGGUUUUCGACAAAGACCAGAACGGUUUCAUCUCAGCUGCUGAGCUACGCCAUGUGAUGACCAAUCUUGGGGAGAAGCUAACUGAUGAGGAAGUGGAGGAGAUGAUCCGUGAGGCUGAUGUUGAUGGAGAUGGUCAGAUAAACUAUGAAGAGUUUGUCAAGAUUAUGAUGGCUAAGUGAUUGGAGAAAGGUUGUUGCUGGUGAUGACUGAUGACCUUUUUAUUAUCUUUGUCUAGGAGUUUAACCAAGAACAUUUGUAUGAUUGGUCGACAAAAAAUUGGCUUUAAAAAGAUUGAGAUCUGAGACUGUGUUUGUUUUUGUUUUUGAUUUCCUGGUUCUGUGACUUUUGUGUGUAAUGUCAAUUAAGUUAAGUUGGUCCACUUGCUUGUUCUCCUC